CCGGGGCUAGGAAGUGGAGCCAGUCAGCCUGCAGGCCUGGAGCAUGUGUGAACCAGACCGUGAACCAGGUAGUGGCCCUGUGUUGCUGAAGACCCUGACUCCCCUGGGAUUCACUGCUAACAGCCUCAGGGCCUUGGAUGGGCAGCUUCUUAAGCUGCCAACCAAGCCACCUCAAACACCCUCACUGGUGCUGCCUGAUGCCUCUGGACAGUCCCCAACGUACUGUGAGCUGGUGCCCCAAGUGUCCCAUGCCCCAAGUGUUCGGUGCCCAGGGAACAUCCCCUGGCUACAGCUAGCUGCCCAGAUCCAGAAGGCCCAUGGCCACAGGCAGAGGUGUCUUUCUGCCCCCCUGGCACCCCCUCCAGCCUACUGGACCCUCAAAAUCAGCCCCUGGAGCUGGAAGUCCUGUGUGCUCUCCGAGGCCUGUUCCUGGAGCACCAUGCUGGGAGCACUGCCCUCCACUUACUACUAGCAGACUGCCAGGCUGCUGGCCUACUGGGAGUGACCAAGGCUCAGCAGUAUGCCACGGUGGUUGCCUCUGGCCUGGAGCUGCUCACACUUCCCCACCGCCUUCGCUUGAGGUCAGAACUGCCGGAAAGACCCUUGCCCUCUGCCUCCACAGGCACGAGGUGCUGGUGCUGGCCAGUGCGCUGGUAUUGCUAAGCUGCACAGAAUCGCUGAAGGAGCGCACAGCCGCCCUGAAGGGCCUGGUGGAGCUGGCACUGGCGUGGCAGCCAGGGGCAGCGAGGGACUUGCCUGGACUGGUUGCAGUUAUGGGCGCCCUGCUCAUGCGCCAGGUGUCCCGGCUGGAACGCAGGUGGCGCUAACUCCGAAGGAGCCACACCGAGGCUGCACUGGCCUUCGAGCAGGAGCUGAAGCCGCUGACGCGGGCGCUGGAUGAGGGCACCGGAUCCUGCGACCCUGGCGAGGUGGCGCUACCUCACGUGGUAACAGUGGCGCGCCUGCUGGAAGGCGAGGAACUCCCGGGGCAGCUGGACGGGAGCUGAGAGCAGCUGCUACGCAUCCUGCAGGGGGCGCGUCACAUGGCCCAGGACGCGCCCAAAUUCUGUAAGGCCGCGGCCCAGCGUCUGCAAGGAUUCCAGCUGAACCCGGAGCUGCAGGAGGCCCUGACCACUGACUUCCUGCGAAGGCUGCUCUGGGGAAGUUGGGGCGAGGGGACUCCGCGAGCUGCUCGUCUGGAGAAGCUUCAGCACAUCCUCAGUGCCCUGUCGCAGCACCUGGAGCCUGACUGCUCAGUGCAGAUCCCCUUCUUCACACUGGUACACUCAGACUUCUGGGGACCCCAGCAGGACACCAAGGAAGUCAUCCCAGGUUGCUCACACAGCCAAACAGGAUGCACACUGAGGGCUGCAUGGCAGGCACUGUUCCAGGCAUCAGAAAUGUAACACCAAGCAAGUCAGCCAGGAUCCUGCCUCUGCUCACACACAGUCUCUCAGGAAAACUUGGGAAUGCCAGUGAAUCCAUGGAAAGGGUUUGGAAUAGUGCCUGGUACACAGUAAGUGCUCUAUAAUUGCUAGGUGUUAUUCUUAUCAUC